AUAAUGUUAGGGACUGUGAAAAUGGAAGGGCAUGAAACCAGCGACUGGAACAGCUACUACGCUGACACUCAGGAGGCCUAUUCCUCGGUGCCCGUGAGCAACAUGAACUCGGGGCUCGGCUCCAUGAACACCAUGAACACCUACAUGACCAUGAAUACCAUGACGACGAGCGGCAAUAUGACCUCCAACUCCUUCAACAUGUCCUACGCCAACACGGGGCUGGGGGCCGGGCUGAGCCCUGGAGCCGUGGCGGGCAUGUCGGCGGGUUCGGCGGGGCCAGUGAACGGCAUGCCAGCCGGCGUGGCCGCCAUGGGCACGGCGCUGAGCCCCGGCAGCAUCAACGCCAUGUCUGCCCAGCCGGCCCCCAUGAACGGGCUGAGCCCCUAUGGCGGCAUGAACCCCUGCAUGAGCCCCAUGGCCUACACCCAGUCCAACCUCGGUAGGACACGGGACGCCAAGACGUUCAAACGGAGCUACCCCCACGCCAAGCCGCCCUAUUCCUACAUCUCCCUCAUCACCAUGGCCAUCCAGCAGGCACCCAGCAAGAUGCUAACGCUGAGCGAGAUCUACCAGUGGAUCAUGGACCUUUUCCCCUACUACCGGCAGAAUCAGCAGCGCUGGCAGAACAGCAUCCGCCACUCGCUCUCCUUCAACGACUGCUUUGUCAAGGUGGCCCGGUCCCCCGACAAGCCCGGCAAGGGCUCCUACUGGACCCUGCAUCCCGACUCCGGCAACAUGUUCGAAAACGGCUGCUACCUCCGCCGGCAAAAGCGCUUCAAAUGCGAGAAGCCGGCGAACAGCAAAGCCCCUCAGGAGGGCAGGAAAGAUCAGGCUGGGGCCUCCAGUUCCAGUUCAAACUCUCCCCUGCACAGAGGCCACAAUAAACCCGCGCAGCUGGACACAGCCACAUCCCUCUCCAGCUCCAACCCAUCCACCAGUCCCCAGUCUAUGGACCACAACGGAUCGAGCACCGAGCUAAAGACCUCGGCCUCGGCUCCCUCCUCCACUAUCACCUCCGUCCCCGCCUUGGCCUCUGUCCCGCACCCCCCUCACUCCUUAGCCCACGAACCCCAGCUCCACCUCAAGGGCGAUCCCCACUACUCCUUCAACCACCCCUUUUCCAUCAACAACCUCAUGUCCUCCUCGGAGCAGCAGCACAAGCUGGACUUCAAAGCCUAUGAGCAGGCGCUGCAAUAUUCCUCCUACGGGGCCAGCAUACCCGGCGGGCUGCCCCUGGGCAGCACCUCCAUGGCAGGACGCAGCAGCAUCGAGCCCUCAGCCCUAGAGCCCUCCUAUUACCAAGGUGUGUAUUCCAGACCCGUGCUAAACACCUCCUAG